CGAUUCUUUCUUUGUUUUCGGCCUCUUUUCCAGCCGUCUUCUUUUAUUUGAUUACAUAUAUGGAUGUUUGGUUUUGCAUGUUGAUUCAUCUUCUCAUGGCAAUGUAGCUUUCUUUUUCUUCCCAAAUUAGGGUUUCCUUUGCAAAAUUUGGGGAUUUCAUUCUCAAGCUAUGCCUGGUAUGUACUUGACGAAACUGGGGUCUUUCUGAUAAUCAUUAUAACAAAAGCGUCUUUCUUUUUUUUUCUUCCCUUUCCUGGGCUUAGAUUGAAAUCUCCGGUUUUUCUUAGCCACAUCUUUCGAAUUUGAUUUCAUUUUUCGUCUUAUUGUUCUUUUAGUUGAAGCCUCAGUUUUUUAUCUUGACGAUUUUAUCCCUGCUAAUUAUUGAAGAAGAUUAAGGAUUUUUUUCAUCUUCAGUUGAUCUGUUGGAGGUUUGUUAUCAAUUUGUUAAAUCCCCCAAACUUUGAGGAUGUUGGUUUGGGGGGAAUAGACUCUGAAUUUGACAAAAAUCAGGUGAAAACAGCUUAGAUUAAAUUGAGAAGCUUUUAUAUUUGUGGCUUGAGAUGGAUCGUGUAAUUGGUGGCAAGUUCAAGCUUGGAAGAAAAAUUGGGAGUGGCUCUUUUGGAGAGCUUUAUUUAGGGGUAAAUGUGCAAACUGGAGAUGAAGUUGCUGUCAAACUGGAAUCUUUGAAGACCAGGCAUCCACAACUUCAUUACGAGUCAAAAUUGUAUAUGCUUCUUCAAGGAGGAACGGGUAUUCCCCACUUCAAGUGGUUUGGAGUUGAGGCGGAUUACAAUGUCAUGGUAAUUGACCUUCUUGGACCCAGUUUGGAAGAUUUGUUCAACUACUGCAGUAGGAAAGUAUCAUUAAAAACUGUGUUGAUGCUUGCUGAUCAAUUGAUUAAUAGAGUAGAAUAUAUGCAUUCGAGGGGUUUUCUUCACCGUGAUAUAAAGCCUGACAACUUCUUGAUGGGCCUUGGACGCAAGGCAAAUCAGGUAUAUAUCAUUGACUACGGCCUUGCAAAGAAGUAUAGGGAUCUUCAGACUCGUAAGCAUAUCCCAUACAGGGAAAACAAGAACCUCACAGGCACAGCUCGUUAUGCGAGUGUGAACACUCACCUUGGUAUCGAGCAAAGCCGAAGAGAUGAUUUGGAAUCCCUUGGUUAUAUGCUUAUGUAUUUCCUAAGAGGAAGCCUCCCCUGGCAGGGGCUAAAAGCUGGCACGAAAAAGCAAAAAUAUGAUAAGAUUAGUGAAAAGAAGGUUUCAACUCCUAUAGAGGUGCUCUGUAAGUCAUAUCCACCGGAAUUUGUUUCAUAUUUUCAAUACUGUCGAUCUUUGCGGUUUGAAGAUAAACCAGAUUAUUCAUACUUGAAAAGGCUUUUCCGAGACUUGUUUAUAAGAGAAGGUUAUCAGUUUGACUAUGUCUUUGACUGGACUGUGUUGAAAUAUCCACAGGCUGGCGGUAGUUCCAGAAGCAGGCAUGCCAGUGGAAGGGCAGGUUUAGCUGCAGGACCAUCCAUUGAAAGACCAGAAAGAAUCUCAGUGGGAAGAGAGGUUCGGGAUAGACUCACUGGUGCAACUGAAGCGUUUUCCAAAAGAAAUGUUUCGAGUACUAGUCCUCGUCCUGAUCAUUAUAGAAACAAAACUGCUGAGGAUGUAACUUUGUCCAAGCAUGCGCACCCUGAUACAGGUAAAAGACGCAGUUCUUCUCGGCAUGGUAGCAUUUCAAGAAGAGCUAUAGCAACAAACAGGCCUAGUUCAUCCGGCGAACCCAAUGACGUUCCACAAAACCGAAUACCAUCAAGUAGUGGUCGUGUGUCUACCACACAAAGAAUCCAACAUACCCUCGAGGCUAAACCAUCUAGUCGUGCCACCUCUGUUAGAGGAAGCCGUGAUGAUCACCCUCUUCGAAGCUUUGAACUUCUCUCAAUUAGGAAAUGACGGAGAGUCCCAUAUCAAUCUUAAGCCGAUGUUUUUACAAACUUGCUAUCUCAACUGUGUAUAAGGGGAUAUCACCCAAGGUUCAAUGCCAUUACAACAGUUCAUGCAACUUCAC